CGGAGCCGACGGGGGAGGGAUGCGCGCCGCGACCGAGUAGCGCGGCCGCCGGCCGGGCAGUCACCGGACACCGCCGGCGGGGUCGGGUCAGUGGUGGGGGAUGGACGCCGGUCCGGCGACUCGGCGGACGCCGCGGCUGGCGGUGCUGCUGGUGGUGGUCCUGCUGCUGACGCCCUCUGCUGAAUCAGCCGAGCCGGAGCGAGGCGCCGACCAGGGUGUCGGGCCCAGCUUCACAGCCCUGCCGGCACGCGACGCGGGGGUGUUCGACCGACAGACGGGCGUGGCGCUGGAAUGUCGCGCCGACGGGUCGCCCACCCCUGCACUGAGCUGGGUCACGGCCGACGGACGGCCGGUGACCUCUGUACCCGGCAUACGGCUGGUGGACAGGGGGCAAAUCAGGUACUUUUCGUUCACGAGCGACAUGUACAACCCGGACUACCAUCGGACUGAGCUGAGGUGCAUGGCGUCCAACAGCGCGGGAGCCAUCAUCAGCCUUCCCGUCAGGGUCUGGGCAGUGUUGAGCCGUCCAUACGAGUUGCUGGUGCGGGAUAGUUUCGCUUCGGCCGGCGGACCAGCUCUGCUCACCUGUGACCUGCCCAGCUACGUCACUAGUCACGUGACCGUGGCCUCGUGGGUGCGUGACGACGAGUUCAACAUCUACCCCAGCGACGACACAGACGGUCGGUAUGUGAUGCUUCCGAGCGGUGAGCUGCUGCUGCGCGCCCCAGAGGCCGAUCAGGGGCACACGUUCCGGUGUCGAGUGGUCAACACGGUCACCGGACAAACGCGGCUCAGCUCCAACGCGGCCAAGGUGGUCAUACGAGAUCAACCGCCGCCUGACGCGCCCCAGGUCGCCGUUCUGAGGAGAGAGGAGGCCGUCAGAGAGGGUGACACGCUGGUGGUGCCCUGCGUGGUCUCCUCACAGCCGCCGGCGGAUGUUCGGUGGAUGAAGGUCUCCGAAGACGGCCUCUCCGUGACAGCCGUGCAGCACGGCCCCGUGCUAACGCUGAAGCCGGCCCAACGGCGCGACUCGGGAGCCUACCUGUGCCGCGCCGCCAACGUCCAUGGGCCCUCCGAGGUCAAGGUCACUGUCAAGGUCAUCUCGCCGCUGCACGUGACCUUGACCCCGAACCACGCCACGGUGGAUGUCGGAGCCGAGGCCAAACUCUCCUGUUCAGUGCACGGAGGGCCUCACGGACCGGUGACCUGGCUCAAGGACACGAGGCCGCUGACCUCUGACCUGAGCGCGGACGGGUCAGUGUGGCGCGUGGAGCGACUACGGCCCGAGCACGCCGGCGUUUACCAGUGCCUGGUGGGGAACGGUGCUGACGGAACUUUGCGAGAGGAGGCCCAGGCCGUGGCGGCCAUCUCCGUUGGGAAUACGCCGCCCGUGCUGACGUCAUCAUUUAUGAAGCAGACCACGGACAGUGGCCGGCCCACCAGCCUGUCGUGCUCUGCUCGCGGCUCGCCAACGCCACAAAUCACCUGGUUCCUGGACGGACGGCCGCUGCCCGACAACCCCAGGUAUGUGCCCGGUCAGACGGUGCACCGUGGUGACGUUCUCAGUCACCUCAACAUGAGCCGGGUGACCCCUGCCGAGGGAGGCCUGUACGAGUGCGCUGCCUCCAAUGCGGCCGGCACUGUGAGGCACGCAGCCCGACUCAACGUCUACGGCGCUCCUGUGGUUCGCUCUACGGGCCCCGUGUCAGCCGCGGCCGGCUCCCAGUUGACUCUGCGCUGUCCCGUCGGGGGCUACCCCAUCAAGAACAUCACCUGGUCACACGAGGGUCGUGCGCGGCUGCCCAGUCACCUGCGGCUCACUGCCGACUUUGGGCUGGUGUUUGAUCACGUGACCCGUGCCGACGCCGGUAUCUACAGCUGCACUGCCUGGGGUGACGCGGGUGCGUCCGACUCCGGAACGACGAGGCUCAGCGUGGUCGUGGGUCCCAAGGUGUCGCCGUUCACCUUCACCUCUGGACUGCGCGCCGGUGACCGCGAGUCGGUCAAGUGCGUGGUGACCCGCGGCGACUCGCCACUGACCUUGACUUGGGUCAAGGACGGCGAGCCGCUCUCGGAGCCCAACGUCACCGCCGUCAACGAGUUUACCAGUAUCCUCAGCUUCAGCAGCCUGCGCAGAGAACACUCGGGAAACUACACGUGCGCGGCGAAAAACGGCGCUGGAGAGGCGAGCUAUAGCGCUCUUCUCACUGUAUCAGUGGCGCCGUUCUGGGUGUUCGAGCCGGAGGACGUGGACCUGGUGCGCGGUCAGGGCGCGGAGGUCAAGUGCUGGGCAGACGGCUACCCUCCCCCGGCCGUGACCUGGUCCCGCUCCGCGGCAGAUGGUGUUGGGACUGACCUGCCCCAGAGGAACGGCACGCUGCUACUGACCGAUAUCAAUGGCACACAUUCUGGCACCUACACGUGCCAGGCGGUCAACGGCGUGUCGCCACGGCUCACAAAGACAAUUCAUAUCAGAGUCAGAGUGCCGCCUCAGGUCAAGGUCACACCUGCCAGCGUCAGGGUCAUCCAAGGUCAGCCGGUCGAGGUGCGCUGUGACGUCAUCGGUGACCGGCCAAUGGCUGUGACCUGGAUGAGGUCAGGUCGCGACCUGGCCCUCGCCAGCGACCACAGGCUGGCCGUUCUGGAGGAGAGCUCCGGCGAAACGUCCGCCAAGCUGCUGAGGUUCUCCGAGACUCUCAUCAGCGACAGUGGCCAGUACAUCUGUGCGGCCGAGAACGACUUCGGGCGCGCCCAUCUGUAUGCAUUUCUCACUGUCAAAGAGGCACCCGUUCGACCAACACAUAUCAACCUGGAGACGGUGGGCAGUCGGUCUCUGUCUCUGACCUGGGGUCCUGACCCCACCACAGAACUAAAGUUUAUCGUCCAGUACCGACCGGCAACCAUAAACGGCACGUGGCUUGAGUCAGCUGUGGAGCGAGGCACGCGCACAACGCUAACCGGCCUGCGGCCCUGGGUCACCUAUCAGCUGCGCGUGCUCUCACUCAACGACGUGGGCCGCAGUCAGCCCAGUUCAACCAUUGAGAUCCAGACGGACGAGGACCUGCCGGAGGGUGCUGUUCGACUGGUGCAGCUGACAGCGCUCACCCCGACCUGUCUGCGGGUCACCUGGGCGCCGGUGGACCCCCAGCUGGCCAACGGAUACAUCCUCGGCUACAACGUCACCUACAGCAGGGUCAGAGCCGGCGACGGGGACCGGGACGCCCGCUCUAUGAAGGUGUUUGACGGUGGUUCAGACCGCGCCCUCCUCUCUGGCCUGGAGCGGUUCACGGCCUACAUGGUCACGGUGACGGCCUACAACAGCCGCGGCCCGGGCCCGGCCAGUGAGCCGGUGUCGGCCAAAACUGCCGAGGACGCACCGGACCGUCCGCCAGCAGAGGUCAGCUGCGCCACCGCCAGCACCGACACCCUCACCGUGACCUGGACGCCGCCAGAGGUCAAUCACAGGCACGGCAUCCUGCGCGGCUACACGGUCAGCUACGUCAGUUCGUCCAACUGGAUGGCCGUCUCACUGCCGCUGGAGGUGCGUCACACGCGCGCCACCCUCCGUCACCUGGUGCCGCACACGGCCUACCAGGUGCGCGUGCAGAGUCACACAUCGGCCGGAGCCGGGCCCUGGAGCGAGCCCAUCCUCUGCUGGACCAGCGAGGACGUGCCGGGCCCUCCGCGUAAGAUUCUGGCCGUCAUGGAACACCCUGGUGCGAUGGUGAUCAGCUGGCUACCGCCGGAGCCGCCCAGGGGCCGCCUGCUGGCCUACACUCUCUACCUCAGGCACGUGGCGAGCAACGAGACGAGCUCGCACCGCGUGCCUCCGACUCAGACGUGGUUCGGCGGCGUGCCGGCCGACCGGUACGAGGUGUGGGUGCGGGCGGAGUCGGGCCGCGGCCCCGGCCGGCCCGGUCAGGUGCUGCAGACGGCGCCCACGGCCGCAGUGCCGGCGGCGGUGUGGUCGUUCGGCGCCCAGCUGGUGGCUCGCUGGCGACAGCCGCUGACGCUGCACUGCCGCCAUCACGGCCAACCGGCGCCGCAGCUGAGCUGGCUGAGAAACGGCCGGCCGCUCACCGCCUCCGACCGACUGCGAUGGACGGAGAACGGCACACUGGAGAUCAGCUCCGUCUCACAGGAGGACGACGGCGUCUAUACCUGUGACGUCACCAAUCGACACGGACGGGAUAAUGUCACCUAUGACGUCAUAGUCAUCAGCCCACCGACCGCGCCGGUACCACUAAUUCACGACGUCACCAACACCAGUCUGCGGGUGUCCUGGACGCCCGGCCCGCCCGGGCGGCUGCCGCUCACCGCCUUCCGAGUGCUGUACGCCCCGGCGGGGGCGGGGGCGGGGGCGGGGGCGGCAGAGGAGUGGAGUGUACACGAGGUCUCGGCCGGGGUCACCGAGCUGAAACUCACCAGACUGGUGUGCGGCACACUCUACAAGCUCACCGUGGAAGCGACCAACCGGCUGGGCUCGAGCGGGCCGGGCCUGGUCCUGGAAAGGGCGACCCGGGGCUACCUGAGCCCCCUGCCGCCUCCCGACCGGGUCAUCACAGCCAACCAGACGGCCGUGCAGCUCAACUUCGACCCGUGGCACGGCGAGUGUGCCGUCGAGGGGUUCACCGUCACCUUUGGACCGGUCGGCCAUCGCCGACCAGUCGGGCCGAUCCAUACCUCUGCCGCGCGGAUGACAUUGACCCAGCUGCGACCGGACACCGGCUACCAGCUGGUAGUGACAUCUGUCGGGCUGGGCUGGAACCGCACCGCCACCUACCGUCUGCGAACGCUGCCCAGAGCCGGUCAGCCGUCCCACGGCUCUCCGGGACAUCUGGAGGUGUCGGGUACCUCGGGCGGGGGCGGCGGCGGCUCGGGCGGCGGCGGCGGCGGCCUCCAGCCGUACGUGCGCCCGCUGCUGGCGGCUGUGCUCUCGGCGGUGAGCUGUCUGCUGCUGGUGACGGCCGGCUGUCUGUGCUACCGGCGUCACCCGGGUCAGUUCCGGGCGCGCUGCGGCAGCGGCUCCAGCGACGGCGGCGGCCAGCGCCAGGUGUACGACUUCAUCUACAAGGCCAACCCGACCUCGUCCGGCGCGCUGCAGGCGCCGGCGGCUGUACCGGUACCUCAGGACAUGCGGCCGUACUCGGGGUACAUGGUGACAGGGGUACCGGAGCCGCGCGUUGCUGAUGGUACCGAGUACCGCAGUCGAGCUCCGCUCCACCACACCGAGACUCUGCAGAUGGACAGGGUGUAUCAGUGCCGCCGGUACGGGGGGCCGCCGUCCCCGUCGUCUCCGACAUUGGACGACGAGGCGUCGCCGGGUGACGUCGACACGGACUCGUCGCCGCGUCCGGAGCGGUGGCGGCGGCACGGCGGGCCGUCCGGCGCCCGCAGUCCGCCGCACACCCGCAGAAGACGGCGGCGCCACCGUCGUUCGGCGGCGGCGGCCCGCGCUAGCUUCCACGAGGCCGAGCUGCCUGAGCUGGAGUGGCCGGGCCCGGGCCCCGCCGGUCGGCCGCCGCCCCCUCCCAACGCCAGUCUUCCGCGCCUGCUGCCGGCCGGCGUGCAGCCUCGCGACGAGGAGCAACACUACCGGGCGUGCACGCUGAACGGCAUCAAACGCAACUUCACCAUCGCCGUGUGAUGGCGGCGCCUCCCUGCUCCUCCCCGAUCGGAGGAAGCUGGAUGACGGACUGGAGGCCGCCCCGACCUACAGCUGGGACUCUAAGCUCAGCUACAGAUGGAAGUGCUCGGUGAGACGCACGGUGUGGGAUGACGGGGCGCUCAGCGGCGCACGCUGCUGAUGAGGGCGCUCGCUCGCCGCGCCCUCUGUGUAAUGUUUACGCUGCGGAUGAUGGCUGAUGUUGCCGCAGCAGCCCGGCUGCUCACUUCCACUUAUCGAUCAUGUCGCGGGUCCAAGUGUGUGACUGUUCCACCAUGCAGCCAUGGGCUUACGAAGCCGCUCACAAGGCUCAUAUGGUAAUAGGUACUUUGUCCCUUUCAUAAUAAUUUAGUUCAAAACACUUCAAACCACCUGGAGCUUACCGUUUGAAGUCAUACCUACGUGACAGGCAGCAGGCAUUUGAUAACAUUUUACUAUAUCUGCUUUAGUUUUUUGUCCAAUAAGAAGCUCAAAAUGUUUCCCUUUUAUUGAAUAUUUCACUUGAUAUUCAAGUCAAUGGCGAUGGACAAUGUCUUAUAUAGGCUAGCGCAACGCAUCAUAGGCUAGCCCUCCUCUAGCCGAACGAAGGGAAACGUAAACGAUCAUCGAGUUUUUCUUAUCACAGAGUGGAAAUAAUCGCCUGAGACCAUCAUCGUUUGAUUUGAAUUUCUACUUCAUCCAGGGGCUGUGCAUGCGGACCUGUUGAAGGGAGGUAGAAUGGGUAACGGUAUUACACAGCCAUGGUGAACAUCUAUUUACGUGUAUUGUUGAACUCUAAUGAAACUCCUGUUCAAAGGAAGGCGAUCUCUUAUACCGUACACUGGCGAUGUCAAAGUAGUGAUCGAGAGAGCCAAAUCACAAGGCAUGCAUGUUGAGUGUUAAUCGAAUGUUGCGCUGUUUGAUUGGUGACGAAAUAUACGUUGUUUAUAA